GUUCAAUAAUAUUUCAACUUGUUUUGCCAAUAUGGCGCUUCUUGUGUUAUGAGAUGACAACAUCGCAGUUUGUGUCCUAAUUGUCAUUUCAAGUGAAAAUCUAAAAUAAUUAUCUACCUCACACGUUCAAAGAAUAUCAGUAAUUGUAAUGAUAGUUUUAUUAACGUGACACGCGUUUUGUCCAUUGUGAACACCCACGAAUGCGUCUGUGGGAAAAGUACAUGACUCCCGUAAAAAUGGCGGGUGUGUUAUCUUUAUCGGUUGUGUUUUCGUUCCAAUCGGAGAAAGUUAUGGAUUCUCUAGAGGAGUGCGUUUUGUAUUAAUACCGUAUAAUAUUGAAAUUCGUGAAGAAUCUUAGUACGGAAUGUGCUAUUUGUUAUUCUGACACUGAUCGUGUUUGAUUUGACCAGAAGGUGCAAUAGUCACCUUCUUUGAUGAUAUUAUCAGUAUGUCGCGCUGGGGCAGAGGCCGAGCCGGCAGCGUUGCCGUGCCGUUGGAUAGUGCCCUAUUUAGGGAAAAUAGUAACUGCCCAUCUGCUGCACGUUCGGCGGGAACUGUGGGUAAAUGGGGUACCACCAGCUUUACAUCUAUUCGCAGCGCUCCGUAUGCAUAUGCCAAUAAUGUCUUUAAAAAGCCUGUACAAGAUCAGAACAGUCCACUGACAGUACCAGCAGUUGAAACUGAACAACCUCCACCAAAACCCAAGAAAUUCUUUAAGUCUCGAAAUGCUGAACCUUAUCCUCCAGUCCCACAAAUCACAUAUGCCCCACCAGUGCCAGCUGCACCUCUGUCACCAGAACAUCCCUCUAGCAGCAAAGAAAAGAAAACAACUAAGAGAAGCAGGGUAUAUAAUAGGGAUUCGUCUUCACCAGAACUGCCAAGGCGAAGUUUUGAAAAAACCAAAGCUAAGAAAAAUUCAGUAGCUACAAAAGCAUCACGCAAAGAAGAUCCCACUGCUCAAGAUGCACAGCCUCCCAAUAAACGCUAUUUGGUCCGUAACCGUAAUAAAGUUAUCAACUAUGCAGAAGAUGGUAGUAAUAGCCCUAUACCUGAGUUUACAAGUCGCUAUGAACCUCUUAUUCCUAAAAUCAAUACAUCACCUAAGGUACCAUCCCCAAAACAAAGUCCAGUAAUAUCUAGCCCUAAUCCUAUAAAAGUAAGAGAAGCAGAAAAAGUGGAUGUGGUGAGUCCAUCAACUAGCAAGGCAGCAAGUGAGGAGAGAAAACCCCCUCCUAUUGUGCUUAGAAUAUCAAAAGGAACUUCAAGAAUUGUGAGUACUGAUUCAAAUGAGGGAUUGACAUCACCUAGCUCUGAUAGACAUUCAUCUAUGGAUACCCAUUCUGAUUUUGGUUCAGACCACAAGAAGAGUCCAUCUGUAGAAACUAUAUGCUCUCCUAAACAUGAGGGUCUCAAAAUAACAAUAAAAUGUUCUGGUCUCAAUCAGGAAAAUAAAAAAGAAAAGAAGAAAGAGAAAAAAGAACACAAAUCACACAAACGUCAUUACAAAACUGUUGAAGAAGAUAAUAUUAAGAAAAUUACAUCCCCACUGCCAGGAACAGAUGCAUAUGAUCUUUAUAAAACUCUUGCAUCACCAGUACAAGACAGUAGUAAGGAAAUUGUGAGUAAACCACCAUCAACACUUGAUGAUAUUGAGUCACAGUUGGAAAAACUGGAAUCAACUGGACCUGUGUCAAAGUCACCUAGAUUAGAGGUACAGCCUAAAGAACCUCCCCCAGAACCUAAACCUCCAGAGAGAACUUCUGGCAGAUCAAGGAGAAAUAGACCCAAUAUUAACUAUAGUGAAAAUGAUGAUUACUUAGAUGCUUUAACAACAAGUUAUUCUAAUAAGCAGACAAUUAGGACAGUAAAUGAUCUUAAAAAAGAAAAUAGGAGAAGUAAAAGGAAACAGGAUACUGCCGUUUCUGAAACUAUGGAAACCCCUCAACCUAUUGUAGAACAACCAAAUAUUAAUCAAGAGCUUGAGAAAGAAAUGGAGUGUGUGGAGAAAAAGAAUGACUUGAUUGAAAUACUUGCUGGUAAUGAAACCAAACCUACUGAUUGUCUCAAAGUAAAAAUUCAUAAGAAACAUAAAAAUAAGAAUUCAAGCCCCAAUUAUAGCAUAGAACUGCCACAUGAAAAUAACAUACAGGAAGAGAUUGAAAAAGAACAGGAGGAGAAGGAACAUGAGGAAAAAAAUGACGAACAGAUUACUCAAGAAGUAGUUAACGAUGAGCAGAUUCAAUCUCAACUUACCACACAAUCCUCAGAUUCAGCAUACAAUAGUUGCCCUAAUGAUGUCCCAGAAGAUGAUUCCCAGAAGAGUCAACAUGAAGAAGUAUUCAAGUCACCCCAUGGUAUGUGUGAUUCUGAGGAACAUACUGAGGAUAAACCCAGUGUAAAGUUGGUGAUUACUAAGAAAAAAGGUUCAAUAUUUAAAAGUAAAUCACUAGUAAAUGAUAAUCCAUCUCCACUGCCAGCACGAAAAAGGCGCCAUUUAUACAGACAUGAGUGGGCCAAUGAUAAAGGGAAUGAGACUCCUAGACCAGAGCAGCCUGAGAAUUCGGAAACACCUGUCACAGCUAAUCCAGUACCUGAACAACUGACACGAGUAACAAGAUAUAAGGCACCAGAUCCAAUAGCUGACCUUGAUAAUGAAGAACCUGUCAAACCAUAUACUAGUGUUAAAUGUGCUAAAGAAGCCAAGGAGUUCUACACUGUAGUAAGAAAUGUGAAGAAAGCCCAUCAGAUACAAGAAAUAGGAGAGUUCCAAGAGUUAAAUGACGAUGUUGAGUAUCUGCUAGAUGCUUUACAGGAUAACAAUCCCAUGUCUACUCGCUGUUUGUCUGCAAUCACUCUUGCUAGUAAAUGUACAGCACCAGCAUUCCGCAUGCAUCUUCGAGCACAUGGGAUAGUGCAGAAAUUCUUCAGUGCACUGCAUGAUGCAACAAAUGAUCAGAGUUUGGGCCUUUGCACUGCCACAGUGAUGUUUGUAUUAUCACAAGAUCGCCUCAAUAUGGAUUUGGACCGUGAAUCUCUGGAACUCAUGUUAAAUCUACUUGAGUCAGAUGUCUCUCACAAGAAUGCUCUUGAUGAUUGCGGCCUCACUUCAGCACAGCUUGCGAAGACUCAAGAACGUGUCAGGGAGCUGUGUGCGGAAAUCAAAAGCCAAGGGAAAGCGCAGCAUCUUGAUCUAGAUAAUAUUACUGUGGGCCACCUCGCAAUGGAGACACUUCUAUCUCUGACGUCUAAACGGGCCGGCGAGUGGUUCAAGGAAGAGCUGCGAGUGCUAGGAGGCGUUGAUCACAUCGUACGCACCAUACAGGACUGUGCGAACCGUCUAGAAACGCCGGCGUCUACGUGGAGUGAUGCUGACAUCGACGUACUUAGGAAGGCAGACCGUUGCAUGCGAGUUUUAGAAAAUGUGACUCAACAAAACGAAGACAACCAGUUGUAUCUGGUAAGCGAGUCGCUGGGAGCGGCGCGUACGCUGGCGUCGCUGCUGCGGCGGUGUGCGGGCGAGGCGCGGACGGCCGCGCUGCAGCUGCGCGGGCCGCUACUAGACGCUGCGCUGCCCGCCGUCAAAGUGCUCGUCAACCUGUCGCACUCGUUCGGGGCCGCGGUAUCGCGUGGAGCUCAAGUAGUGGGAGAGCAGCCAUCCGUUGUAGAGAUCUGCCUCGUCAUACUGAACAACCAAGAUAACUUCAUACCAGAUGACAGGAACUUCGAAUUCAGUGUUUGCGUAUUGCUAUUGCUGAUAAAUUUGGUGCAAAACAACGAGGUGAACACACAGCGUUUCCUUGACGCGCGAGUGCGGGUCGACAACGACGAAGACAUCGUACCACGGCACAUAACAGCGCUCGACCUCAUAGUAGACCUCUUCCAUAAAAGGGAAGAUCUCGCUAAGCGAGCUGAAGAAAACACCGAUGCCAUCUUGGAUGGAAAAAAAGACAAGAAACAAUCUCAAGACGACAUCGACGAAACGGUCGCAAAAUUGCUGGCUCGCGCGGGCACGCACAUGGAGCACACGAUGGUGGGCGCGUACAUCGCCCUCCUGCUGGGGCACGUGGCCGUGACGGGCGGGUCGCACGCGGCCUGUGUGCGCGCGCGCGUGCCCGCCUACGCGCCUCUGCUGCCCACGCUCAAGAAGUACUACACCUUCCUGUCGCUCACCGCCAGCGCCGAAGCAGCGAUAGUGGCGCACGUGAAAGCCACGCAGCGCAUCAUCGAGUUUAUGGAGAACAGUGACAAGGAAGAUCUUCAAGCAGCAACAGCUCCUCAACCGGCGGCGUUGUACAGCGAAUCUUACCCUGGUAACUAUUACCAGAGUUCUCCAUCAGACAUGCCCCAGGACAUGUCCCUCAGUAACCUCAACUACAGCAUGACCAGUGUCAAUGCGAGCUAUAGCAACUCUAGCUCCGACAGACUGUCCACUAUGGAGGUCGACGGCUACCACUGAGACUCGCAUCAAGAUGACAUUGAGUUAUAUUAAUCUCAUCACACUCAAAAACAAACAUUACAAACACGUCAAAUUCCUAAUACUUAGUGACUAUACAUUCGCAGUUUGUGCAGUGUGGCGUUUCGUUUGCAUACACGUAAAUGUUUUCUGUCUGGCGUCGAUUUCGUUCGUCUACUCAUUGAAUGAGGUCGUUUGAUUUGAUAAGACAUGUAAAUAUAGACCAAAUCAUGAACCGAGUCCUUGUACAUUGUGAACCCACUUUUAGCAAUAGAUCACAUGCCAUUUUGUUAAAAUUACCAUUCUCUAGGUGGCGGAUGUUUUAUUGCGCACUACUAUAUGUAAAACCUCUUCUUUUUGUAUCGAUAUCUCUUCCUUCUCCUAAAUAUUAUUGUAAAUAUAAAUCGCAGACUGUUAAGGAAUAGUUAGUUGUGUUGAUCAUGGAAAUGGGUUAUGAAGUCUUAAUUAAAUUGAGAUAUUCCGAGUUUAAGCCACUGAACUGGCAAUAUAAAAGUGCAAAAAUAGUUGUGUAAGUGUAUAUUAUAUAUGUAUUCUUUUAUGUGAAUAUUGUGUCUGCACUUCUUUUUGUAUAAUACCGCUCUGAGAGGGUUAAAUUUUUCUAGAAUAUUGUUCUAUUGAGGCACAAUAGUUUAUUGUAAAUAAAUUUUAGCUAGUUACAAUAGUUCGGUCUUUGUUGAGUAAAUUAGGACGAGUAGGCAUGGUUAAUUUUAUAGUGUCGUUUGAGAUUUUGUGAGUCGCUGGUGAGCCUCGGGUGAUGGCACGAUCAAACUAUAUUUGUACGAGAUGACAGACCGGUGAGGGCUCGCUGUUCAAUGUACAAACACUUAAGUCGUUAGAUGCUCGCAAAUGAGAGAAUGAUAUAUGAAUAGAUAAUUUUAAUAGGACAAUCUAUGAUGUUUGAACUUUUAACCAUAGUUGUUAGGACUAAAGUUGCGUUGACAUGCUCAAAGUCUGCUUUGGCAAUGUAGCUUUGUUUGAUAACUAGUUUGACGAUACUUUAAUCGCAUAAAACAGUAAUCACAGCUCACUUUGAUGUUGGCGUCCAAUCAAAGGCGACUUGGACUGUGUUCGACUUUUAAAACCAACUUUGAUGUGAAACACAGACCAAUAAGAGCACAAGAUGUGAAAGAACGAAAAAAAUGGCGUCUAAUGUAAAACCUGCUAAGUGCGAGUCAGACUCGCGCACGAGGAGUUCCGUACCAUUAUCAAUUCAACCUUAGACACUAUAUUAUAAUAUCAACCAUAAAACAGCGAAAACGCGUCUAUUGUACGGGAGCUACUCUUAAUUUAUUGAACUUUGUUGUUCAAUAAAUGGUUAAUGACAAAGCUACUUUGUCAAAGCAGACUUUGAGCAUAUCAACGCGGCUUUGAACAGAAUGAGUGAUUUAUUAUAAUCCUCCCUUGUGUGUCUUGUUUUUAAAAGACUACCGUUCAAGACCUGACUGAUUGUCCAAUAAGAUAUUUCUAUUUUAUUUUUGACGGUAAUAUUAUAUUUCCUUUUAUAUUAACAAUGUUAAGGCACACGAACUACUUAAUCUUGUAUUCAACUGAACAUUUGGAAAUUCCACACUAGAUCGAAACAAUGAAAUUUAUGUUGUAUAGCUAUUAUACUAAAAUGAACUAUAGGAUAACUUUUUAAGAUUUGUUACUAAAUUAUGUCGUAAUGUGAAAUCAAUUUAAGUCGGAAUCGAUUUUGUGUAUUAAAUUGUUUAGGUAUUAUGUAGUGACAUUUUGAUUUUGUAAUGAUGAUUAUAUUAACAUAAGGUUUAACUAAUUCAGUUACACCAUUUAAAUUUAAUAAAUUUAAUUCUAAAUGCACUCUUUCUCAAACGGUGUUUGCAAUUACUACAUACUACUUACCAUUUUUAAAUCGUAAAUUUCAUAGAUCAUACAAUAUUUUGUUUUACUUUGACUCAGUAAUAUGGCACUGUCUAGCUCGUUAUAUAUAUAUUAAGAUGCGCCCUUUUGACCUCUGAUUGUUUCUUACUUACCUCUGAUAUCUUUUCUUUUUGGUCUUUGAUACUAUGUGAUAACAAUAAAAGGGGCAUAAUAUAAUGUAACACGCAAUAAGUGACAGUAAUACUGCAGAUUGUCGACACUGUUAGUAGUUCAGUUUUUUUAUUGGCGUCAAUUACUGUAAACAGAGCAUUACACUCAUUGGAUUCGUUAAGCGAUCUAGUGUCGAUCGCAUAUAAAUAUUAUAGGUCGUUUGUUUGCCUGUAUACAACAUACUCUGUGUUAGUUGCAAAAACUUGAUUUUAACGUUCAAUGGCCGUUUUUGAAGCGAUAUUUUCUGACAGCUUUACUUAUUUAAUAAGGUUUUGUUGAUAUGAUUUCAAAUAAGUGUUUGUACGUGGUUGUAUUUGUUAAGAAUUAUAAUAACAUGAGGGGUUUCGUUUUAUUAAUUAAAAGACUAUGGAAUUACUUCGUGUUCUUUGUACAGCUAUAUCGAUUCUUAAUGCCUAAAUUAUAUUUACGUAAUUUAUUGAUCUAUGUAUAUGUAAAAAUGGUGUAGUUCUAAAUUGCAUUUCGUUGUGAAAUGGUGAUUAUUUUAUCACAUCUGUGUUUUGAAUAUAAUAUGUUGUUUUAGACUAUCGCCAGAGUUUGAGAAAUUAUUAUUGUAUAUGUAACGUGUAAUUAUGUUAUAAAGUAUUACAUGUAAUUAUUAAAAGAAGACAAUUUAA